CUUUCGCAUUCUCAUGCUAUCAACUGCCUCAGUAUACAUGUAAUGCUAAACCAACCUACAACUGUUUCCGAUCCUUUGUCUCAUCUUUUAAACCGCUUGCCUACAAUACCUCCUAAGAACAACCGCUCAAUACUUUACUGGAGUGUCAAAUGGACCUCAAUUCACGCACUUUUAUCACAAGUUGACACUAUACAACUUGCUAACAUAGAACCGCUGAUCAUGACUCUAACCAAUCAAUUAUCGCCCUUCCUUCUAUGGUUACAAACAUAUGCCCACAAAAAACAUUAG